GUCAGAGGGCCCCGCAGCUCCCUGAUUGUCCCCGCAGAUCAGUUCCCUCACUCCGGGUUCCAGAGCCGCUCCGCCGCCUCCAGCUCCAGAAGCUGCUGCCGUGCCCCCUCCCUCCGUCUCCACCAGCGCCACCUAGUGCCCUCUCUGCACACAACAAGCUGCAAUUACCACCCCACCCCUCCAGGCAGAUCUGAGCAGACACUCGUCCCUCGUCCGUCUCAUCAGUGAAGACAGAGCUUCCAGUCAGCAGGUGACCCGUCCCCUCCCCGGCGUCCAGGCAUGGCAGACGGUCGGCAGCCAGACGAGCACUGGGCCUCCAACGGCCAAGAGAACGGCGAGAACGGCUACUCCGCCUACGGCUCCGGCUACAAGGAGAACGGAUUCCACGGCGGGGCGGCUGCACAUCCUGGAACGACAGUGGAUGACUCAGCCAAUUUGCCUCCCUCCCCUCCCCCCUCUCCAUCCGCUGAGCAGAUCGGGCCCGUGGCACAAGCCCGGCCGGAAGAAGAAUGUCUCAGUACGGAGUCGGGUGAGUCUGUGGUGAAAGAAGACGAGCAGCAAGUGCCCUCGCUGCUCGGGAAGCAGGUGGUUGUUGAGGAAGCGAAUCCUGAAGGGGAAGAAGUCGCCUCGAGUGAAGCUCCUCCUCCUCCUCCGUCUGUGAAAGAUGAAGAAGCUUCCUCUAUGGAGGAGGCAAGAAAAGACGAAGAGGGUGAAGUAGAAGAGUCAGAAGAGGUGAAAGAGUCAGAAGAGGUGAAAGAGUCAGAAGAGGUGAAAGAGUCAGAAGAGGUGAAAGAGUCGGAAGAGGUGAAAGAGUCAGAAGAGGUGAAAGAGUCAGAAGAGGUGAAAGAGUCAGAAGAGGUGAAAGAGUCAGAAGAGGUGAAAGAGUCAGAAGAGUCGGCACCAAGCAAAGAGAAACCGACAGCUGAGUCCAUAGAUACAGAACAAGAUGGAGGUAGUGACAUUAGAAUGCAGGAGACACCAGUGACUGAGAUUGAAAACGUCAAAUCAAGUCCAGAACCUGGUGCAGAGUCCGAGAGCACAUCUGGGAUGUUGGUAGAACAGAAACCAGGAGCUGCGACUUACUUUGAGACGUCCUCAAAAAUCCCUGGAGACAAUUCAGCCCAACCUCAGAGCUACUACGAGCUCAGCACAGUGGCAGAGACGGAGUCAAGAGAACCUGAAGAUGUUGUUCUGAAGCAAGAGGACGAAGAGGAGGAGACAGUGAAGACGUCCAGCUGUGAAGUGUCGUUAGAGCAGAGAAGCCUCUCGUUGAACAUCACUGUCAGAUCCUCGGAGAAGGAGUCCAGCUCCUUCUCAGAGAGUUUGUGUCCAAUCAGUGGAGGUUUUGACGAAACCGACGUUCACCCUUCAACGCCUCCCGUGGAGAGCCAUGACCCCAAGCUUCCUCCAGCGGUGUCCAUCACUGAAACAUCUACUGACGCACAGGAGGAGGCUCCUGCUGAAGAAACGCCUCCAAGUCCUGAUGAGGAAAUGUCCAGUUUCUGCCUCUCUGAGAUGUUGGACCUGGCGGGAGCGCUGCCUCAGCUGUCGGGGGGGAGGAGGGAGGUCGACCACAUGAGGAGAAAGUCGGUGCCAACCAAUGUGUCGUCCCUCGUGGGUAGCUCUCUGGCCCGGCUCGCUUUGGGAGAUACCAUCUCGAGGAGGGAAAACCAGCUGGAGGAACUGGGCUACUGUGUUUUCAACGAGUACUCGGGGCCGAUGCCUUCUCCGGCAGAUGUUCCCAGUCCUGGACACUCUCCGCACCAGUGCUUCCAGACUGUGGAGAGCGAGGUCGAGGAAGAACUCAGUGGUUACAAGGGGAUCCAGCAACCAGACAAGAAGGAUUCACCAGUGAUGACGUCCAAGAUGAUGGAAAGAGCCGUGACGAGUGGAGGGAAACCCGAUCGCCUGAGAAUCCCAAUGACCGGGUCCAAAGACAGGCUGAAUGAGUUCCGUUUGGAGAGCGGCCUGACUGGCGACCUCAAGAUCCAAGCCAUCCCUGAGGUGGACGUGGAGAAAGACCCGUCCAGAGAGGCUUCCCCCAUCCCCCCGGACAGUUCCUUCACCUUCUGUCCUGUGGACCCUUUGAGCAGAGUUCCAAAGAGUCCCACCGGCCCCAAAUCUCCAGAGGACGCACUUUCAGAAAGCCAAGAAGCUAAAGACGAAGCUGGGGAGGAUGUCAAAGCAGAGGACGAGUUAGAAUCUGAGAGCAGAGAUGAGAAAAAGCCAGAGUUGGACAAAGACACAAUGCCACCCGAGCAGAAAGAAUCAGAACAAGGUAAAGAAGCAAACAGAUCUUCAGUCUUCUCUCCAUCUUCAGAAGAUAAGAAGAUUCAAGAAGUCACAGAAACACAAGAGAUCCCAAAAGCCCAAAUCCACUCACAAAUAGCCACCUCCAUCAUCGUCAUACCUCAAGCACAAGCAGAGGAGGAGGAUGAAGACGAUAUAGAGAUGGCUGAGGAGCCUCAGGAGAUGAUGGAGGAAGCAGAGGAGCCUGUUACUCCGAAGACGCGUGAGGAUGAAGACAGAAAGAAAGAGGAGAAGACGGGAGGCGACCAGGUGGAGGAUGAAGAGCCAAAGUCAGGAGGAGAAGAACGGAGUUGUGGUGCGACCCACUCGUCCCCGUGCUCCGACCACGAUGGAGGCAGAGACAACGGGACGGGGGAGGAAGAAGUAGAAGAAACAAGCCGAGAAGAAGGGAGGAAACAGGAAGAGGAGGAAGAGAAGAGGAUGGAUGAAGAGGAGGAAGAGAAGAGGAUGGAUGAAGAGGAGGAGAAAGAUGUAGAGAUUGGUCAGGAGGUUCAGGAGACGAGUCAGGGGGAGAACGAUGAGACCACACUGGACGUCUCCAUCCUGGACACAGACAGUGGCUGGAUGGACUCACAAGAUGAGGACAAAAGUAUUAUGACUGAGCAAAUCGAGGCCCUUCCUCUCACCCAGAGUUCCACCGGCUCGCCCGCGGUGGCGGUGGCGGUGGUGGACAGACCUGCUAAACGGGCCCCUGGCAGAGGAAGGGGCCCCGCUGGCACCGCAGAGAGCAAAGUGUCCCGCAAACUGCCCGGCCACCAUCCCAGAGAGGAGACGAAGAAGAAAAAAGUAGGCAUGAGGAGGGCUGAGCAGAAUAAGCUGUCAGUCCUCCAAACUCGCUCUCCAUCUCGAAAGAGCGCAGGCAGAGCGGCGGCCAGACACCCGCGGCCCGCUCUGCUGCACGGCCCUGCUAGACGCAAGGCCUCAGGCAUGGAGAGCCACCAGCCCCUCAGUGUGGCCCACCAGUCCAGGGAGAGGACCACUGAGAGAGCGUACCGCAGCCCGGAGAAGAGGUCAUCCCUCCCCCGGCCGGCCAAGUCCCUGACACGCCACAUCCCGGCUGCGGAGCAGGACGACAGCACCCCCUGCAGGCCAACCACGAUCCGGUCCAGAGGGGACAGCAGGUCUCGAAGGGCCCCUGGUAUGGCAGGCACAGACUCACGUUCUCGGUCAGUCCGUAGCGGCGCCUCCACCCCCGGCUCCACCGCCGUCACGCCCGGCACACCCCCUAGCUACGCCUGCCGCACCCCGGGGUCCCGCACCCCCGGCAGCCACACCCCCAAGUCCUUCAGCAUCCUCCAGGAGAAGAAGGUGGCGGUGAUCCGGACUCCGCCCAAGUCGCCGUCCACCGCCCAUCGGCAGCUGAAGGUUCUCAACCAGCCGCUGCCCGACCUGUCGAAUGUCAAGUCUAAGAUCGGCUCCACCUCCAACCUCAAACAUCAGCCCAAGGGCGGACAGGUUCACAUUUCAAGCGAGAAGCUGGACUUCAGUCGUGUUCAGUCAAAGUGCGGCUCCAGGGAUAAUCUGAAGCACACGCCCAAAGGAGGCAAUGUCAUGAUUCCAAGUGUGAAACUGGACUUUAGCCACGUUCAGUCUAAAUGUGGCUCCCUGGCAAAGAUCCAGCACACGGCCGGAGGAGGAAACGUCCAGAUCCAGACCAAGAAGCACGACAUGAGCCACGUCACCGCCAAAUGUGGCUCAAUGUCCAACAUCCGCCACAGGCCAGGGGGCGGUAACGUGCGCAUCGACAGUGUGAAGCUGGACUUCAAGGAUAAGGCCCAGUCCAAGGUCCGCUCGCUGGACAACACCACCCACACUCCUGGAGGGGGCAACAUUAUGAUCGAGAGCCACAAGCUGACCUUCAGGGAAACGGCCAAAGCCCGAGUGGACCACGGCGCCGAGAUCGUGGUCACCCACACCCCCGGCGUGGAGACGGGAGGCACGUCCCCUCGCAUGUCCUCCGCCGGCAGCAUCAACCUGCUGGAGUCGCCACAGCUCUGCACGCUGGCCCAGGACGUCACCGCCGCCCUCGCCAAGCAGGGCUUAUGAGCCGGUUGCCCCCCCCCCCCCCCGCUUCGGAUACCCACAGAAAAGAAGAAAAAAAAGAGAAUCCACAGCAUCUCUCCCAUCAUUCAGUGUUUUCCCAGCAUCCCUCACUGCGGCCCCCCCACCCACACACACGACCCCACAGGCUGUUCCACCCUUCCACACAUUCCAGUGGGAUUUUAAAACUGAAUUCAUCUUUACUUCUCCUUCAUUUCACUCAGAGACGGACUCUUCUCUUUAGUUUCAGGUCGAAUGCGUCGGUUCGACUGGACGCGUGAGUCGGAGAGAAGAGUCGAAGGUUUUUACGAUUGUACAGCGGUUAUUUUUUAGCUUGAAAAGCAUCACCACAUACCACUUCCAUCAUAACGUCCAAUCAGAAUUUAUACGGUACCGAAUGCAAGAUAGAGCAACUAGAAGCUAGACGUGAGUCUUAAAGAAACACGUGUGCGUGAGACGUAGCUAACAGAAACAGGGCGUGUCCGCGGACGCGUGAACAGAAGGGUUGAGGAGCAUGUCUGCAAAAAAUGUGACAUUUUAAGUCAAACGACAUGAAGUUUGUUUUGGGUUUGUCGGGUGGAUUUUGAUGCUAUGAUUUCCUGAUAUGUGCUGAAUCGUUGUUCUGUUUUCUUUUUAUAUAUAUAUAUAUACAUAUCUAUAAAUGUGAGUGUAGUGGAAGUUGUCCCUGGUUUUGUAUGUUCCCUGUGGCUGCUCGGGCUUGUUAGCACCUCAGCGUGGAUAACCUCUGCAGUUCUGUGAGUCCAGUGCUAAACGAUUAGCUUUCCCAUAGACCCUCUCUUGUUUCUCUCCUCUCAAAACCAGUAGGCUGCUCUGUUUUAUUGGUUUUUACGUUUGCUUUCGUGGUUUCACCGGGCGAAACAACAACAACGCUGUUAUGCUGGCAUGGCGAAUUAAUUCAACUUUUAAAAAAUGACAUCUAUUUGGAGACAUUUUAAACUUUUCAGUGUCUUUACUUCAACUGCUCCUGUGACUUUUCUCCUUUGGCAGAAAUGGGCUUGUGUGUUUGUGAAUGAAUAAAAAACAGAAAGAGAAAGAAGCUUUAUAUGAAAACACUCGUUUGGACGGAGCAGCUUCUCGGCCCGUUAGUGCGACUGAACCGGAAACGACUUCAAGAGAACUCAGUAAAACAUAAGAGUGAACACAGGAACACACUCUCUGCUCUCCGUUGUGAAGCCCCUCUGCCCCAGUUUCCUACCCCCCCUGCUCCAGUGUUCUUCUGUGCUUCCCCUCCUCUUGCCCCGUGCUCCCCAGCGCCCCCUACUGCCUGUGUAAAGUGUAUUUAAAAGACCAUGUAGAUGUGUGCACACUUUCUGAUGUUCUGAUGACAAACGCUCCUGCAGGAUGACGGCAACACAAAUAAAGAAAAUAAAAAGUGA